CCCACCCUAGCUGGCUCUCGGCGCUCCCGGCUACCUCGCCGGUCGGCUCACCGCCCUGCCCGCUGGGGGCGCUGAGAGCCGGGCCCCGCCGGGGACGAGCCGGGCGGUCCUCGGCCGGCGCAGGAGCGCGCGCGGGCGGCGGGGCUACCAGAGAGAGCAAUGUCAUCAGUGGAAUCACACCAGGAGCAGCUGUCUCAAUCCGAUCCAUCCCCCUCACCAAACUCAUGUAGUUCCUUUGAGCUAAUAGAUAUGGAUGCUGGCAGUUUGUAUGAACCAGUUUCUCCACAUUGGUUUUAUUGUAAGAUAAUAGAUUCUAAGGAGACAUGGAUUCCAUUCAACUCUGAGGAUUCACAGCAGCUGGAAGAGGCAUAUGACUCUGGAAAGGAUUGUAAUGGAACAGUGGUCCCCACCGAUGGAGGCAGGUAUGAUGUUCACCUGGGGGAAAGGAUGCGGUAUGCUGUGUACUGGGAUGAACAAGCUUCUGAAGUGAGACGCUGUACCUGGUUCUACAAGGGAGAUAAAGACAAUAAAUAUGUUCCCUACUCAGAGAGCUUCAGCCAAGUUUUAGAGGAAACUUACAUGCUUGCUGUAACUCUGGAUGAGUGGAAAAAGAAACUGGAGUCUCCCAAUAGAGAAAUUAUUAUAUUACACAAUCCAAAGCUAAUGGUGCAUUACCAGCCAAUUGCAGGGUCUGAUGAAUGGGGUUCAACACCCACUGAGCAAGGCCGGCCAAGAACAGUGAAGAGGGGUGUCGAGAACAUCUCUGUUGUCAUCCAUUCUGGAGAACCAUUACAGAUCGAUCACUUGGUCUUUGUAGUCCACGGGAUUGGGCCAGCCUGUGAUCUCCGCUUCCGAAGCAUCGUGCAGUGUGUUAAUGACUUUCGCAGUGUUUCCUUGAACUUACUACAGACACAUUUUAAGAAAGCUCAAGAAAACCAGCAGAUUGGAAGAGUAGAAUUUCUUCCAGUCAACUGGCACAGUCCUCUGCAUUCGACUGGUGUGGAUAUAGAUCUGCAGCGGAUAACCCUGCCUAGCAUCAACCGGCUCCGGCACUUCACCAAUGACACCAUCCUGGACGUCUUCUUCUACAACAGUCCCACCUUCUGCCAGACCAUUGUGGACACAGUGGCUUCAGAGAUGAACCGGCUCUAUACACUCUUUCUGCAGAGAAACCCCAAUUUCAAAGGCGGUGUAUCCAUUGCUGGUCAUAGUUUAGGUUCGCUUAUAUUGUUUGAUAUCCUAACAAAUCAGAAAGAUUCUUUGGGGGAUAUUAACAGUGAAAAGGAUUUGCUAAAUAUUGUCGUGGAUCAUGAAGACAUGGCCACCCUGGAGGAAGAGUUGAAGAAACUUCAGCUCUCUGAAUUCAUUAAUAUCUUUGAGAAGGAGAAAGUAGAUAAGGAAGCUCUGGCUUUAUGCACAGACAAAGAUCUUCAGGAAAUGGGAAUUCCCUUAGGACCAAGAAAGAAGAUACUGAACUAUUUCAAGAGCAGAAGAGAUUUACAGGAUGUUAGUCAACCAAGCAUACAAUCAGCUCUGGGGAUGAACUUCCCCAGGGAGUCUGAGCCCCCCACCUGCAGCAGAACAGAUGACACUCGAAAGGCUGAGUAUUUGGAUGUCAGCAUCGGGCAGGUGUCUGUAAAGUACCCCCGGCUCAUCUACAAACCAGAAAUAUUUUUUGCCUUUGGCUCGCCAAUUGGGAUGUUCCUUACUGUCCGAGGGCUAAAGAGAAUUGAUCCCAAUUACAAAUUUCCAACGUGCAAAGGUUUCUUCAAUAUUUAUCAUCCAUUUGAUCCUGUGGCCUAUCGGAUUGAACCAAUGGUAGUUCCAGGAUUGGAGUUUGAGCCAAUGCUGAUCCCACAUCAUAAAGGCAGGAAGCGGAUGCACUUAGAACUGAGAGAGGGCCUGACCAGGAUGAGUAUGGACCUGAAGAACAACUUGCUGGGGUCACUGCGGAUGGCCUGGAAGUCUUUCACCAGAGCACCUUACCCUGCCUUACAGGUGGCAGAGACCACAGAAGAAGUUGAAGUAGAGGCUGAGUCCAGUUCAGAGAAGGCCAGUGAUGGCAGCACUGAGGCCUCAGCUGCACAGGAUGAGGCACCUGUGAGCAUCAGUGUGGGCCUGCUUAAUGGAGGCCGGCGCAUCGACUAUGUGCUGCAGGAAAAACCCAUUGAGAGCUUCAAUGAGUACUUAUUCGCUCUGCAGAGUCAUCUCUGCUACUGGGAAUCUGAAGAUACAGUGUUGCUGGUCCUCAAAGAAAUCUACCAAACCCAGGGGAUUUUCCUUGAUCAGCCCUUACAGUAAAAGGGCCCUGUUUUGGCUACUUAAUGUAAGCAUUUGGUGUCACACACAGGAUCGUGCUUACAUAACAUGUUAUAGAGAACCAUGGAGCCUCCUGCUCUGUGUAAAUACACCUUUCUGUGGCCGGUGACCCAAAUCCAGGCCGUUACUCAUUUUCCAAGGGAUGGGGGAAAUGAGUAACACACUUAGAGGAAGGUUUUGUCCUGUGACAUCUGUUGUCUUCUAGGAUUUGAUCUCAGAACCUUACUAGGCACGAUCUGCUGCGGGUCAGCAUGGUGGCAGUCAGCACCUGAGACAGACUAGAAACACUGAGCGUGUGUGCUGGCCUGGCCUGUUCUGGCUGCUGUCAGAUGUGCCUGCGUGGUGACCUCUCCCACCCUUCCUGCUCCUCAGAUGCGUGUGGGCUGCAUGUUGCCUGCCACUUCCUCAUCUUUGAGGUCUUGAAAACUGAUGUUUCUUUUUGGAAUGAGCAGAAAACCCAAGGGAAGACUCUAGCACCUGGGGGGUGUUACUGGGUAUUGAACCCAGGGCCUUCACGCUAAAUUACAUUCCUAGUUCUUUUUUAUUUUUGAAUUUUGA